AUGUAUGGAAAAGAAUUUUCAAGCCCACAGUAAACAAUUUCAUCCAAGUUAGAUCAGGGAAGUGCAACGAAAAACAUGAAAGUUUCUGGUUCUCAAAAAAACAUAAAAAAUCAAUAACCCACUAAUCUCCCAUCAAAAUACACUAACCAAAGAAUAAAUCAUUCGUAUGGAUCUUUCAAGUCCCCAGAACAGCCUAAAAAUUAUUAAAAGUAGCUCCCUUAAAAUGGUAAUACCCAAUCAAGAUUUUUGUAAAAUGAGAGAGAUCAGCACAUCCACAAGAACGAAAAUAACUAUUAUAAAAAAUAGCUUGAUACUCAAAGUCAUUAUAACCAUAACCAUGAUGAAGUUUAAUCUAGAGCUUCAAUAACGAACGAUACCAGAAAAUCUCAAGCUAAUAUUCAUAUGCUUAACACUUAGAAAUUUUUGAAGUCAGAUAUAAAUGAAUACUUGAAAUAGGAAGAAGGUAGAUGUAUAUCAUGCAGUGAAUGCAUGAAAACACAGGAUAAAAACUUGUUCUAUAAAUAUCCAUAGCAUCUUAAGUCAAAUUAUAUAGAUGAAUAUAGCAAAUUCGACCCUAAUGCUAAAUCCAAAGAAUUUAAUUUAGACAAGGAAAAGCUAAGACUAAAAGUACCUUAUAAAGUUGCAAGAGAUUUCACAUCUACUCACUAAGCAGAAUUUAAACCAUUUUAAGUCAUGCCAAAAGAAAAUAAAAAAGAUGAGGAUGAUAUGUUCGAACUAAAUCAUCCUUGUUUCAUAGGCUCAACAACAUACAAUAAGACAUUUCAGAAUUGGGGAGCUGGCCCUAGGAUGAAGCCAACUCAAUAAUCAGCGCACAUUAUUGACAUGAAAAUUUAAGAUAAAACUACUUAUAAGGAAACCUUUAGCGGAGAUAAAGAUUAAAUGCCAUAGUUUAUGAAAGAACAUGAGAAGUUGAUGAAGAAGUAAUGCGUUUAAAAGAUGCAAUAAGGAAGUCUCAAUAGGUUAGUUGACGCUCCUUUUAUGGGGCAAUCAGUUUCUCAUGAAACAUUUAAAAAACCAAAAGAAAUUAAUAAAAAGGAGCUUUGCAAGCCUAUGGAUGAGGUAACAAUACUUUUUAUUUUAAAAUUUGAUUUAGUUAUUCAUAGCAAAUCUUCCAAUGAAGACUGGCACAAUAAGUUAAACUGA